AUGGGUCGUCUUAUUAAGAACCAUUGGGCUCGGCUCAUCGUUAUGAGCGCGGCAGCUUACCAGUUUGCCGCUGCUCUCGAGGGCUUCUUCUGGCCCAAGAUCUUCUGGGACUUCUUGACCAAAACGCUGGACCCAGCUGUCAAGCCCGUGCCGGUGUUACAAAUUAUCAAUCUCCUCAUGGCGCUGUUCAUGGUGGCCCUGGAGUGGCCUUUGGGAUUCAUCGCCGGCUCGGCAAUCCACCGCAGUCUCGAGUUCCGCCUCAUCAUCCUCCCUCUCACCACCCUCGCCGCCGCCCUUAUCUACCAGGGCACCAACUCUGCUCUCUACUACAUUGUUGGGUUGGUUGUUUACUUUUGGGCUUACAGCGAAGGAGAGAUUAUUUGCGCCAAGCCCUGGACCCUUCCUCAAAGAGGCCGCAAUGGCUCUCGCGUAUAG